AAUACUAGCAUUUUAAAAAAAUUAAAGAUUUACUAGCUGGAAGAAUGGCUAUUGGGAAAUACUAAGAGAAUUAAGGUCUAUAAUGGUUUUUCAUAUGUCAUACAUCUGAGCAAAAACACAUUUUCCAAGUGGCAUUUAACAUAAAAUAAAUUAGGACUUGAUCGGUUUUUAAUCAUAAAGUUUGAGCAAUUUAGAGUUGGAAAGAACAGUAUUUCCUUUCUUCCCCCCACACAUACCCACUUUGAAAUUUACCAUGUAAGUAGUGAGUGCCUAUCUUAUUUGAUAAGUAUUUACCUAGGCUAGGAGCACCUAGCCACACAACUUCAGGUGACAGUGAAAUACAUACAUUGAGAUUGCAAGUAGGGUACUUUUAAAAAAUAAGAUCUUGAAAACAAGAGUUAAGUUUCCUUAACAAAUGAGAUCUAAAAUGGGCCAUUGUCAUCCGUUUGAUAUUAACAUCAGCUCUUUUGGCAAGCUUGAAAAUACUGGGCUACGCUAUAAAGCUAAAAAUGUCCUGGACCUAAACUUGUUUACACAAAAUAUGAACAGAUCUAAAGUUACAGAGCUAGGGUUGGAAGAGGUGGCUCUAAGGCCAUCCUCCCCACAGCUGACGUCACACCAGUCCCAGCUGCUGGUCUGACUCUGAGCUGAACUGUUGGGCUUUUUUUUUUUUUUAACUUUGUAAAAAGUAGUGAAGAUUUCAAAGAGGCUUAUUAGUGUUGCUGUGCUGAAUUGUCUCGUCUGCUUUGGUGUCUCCUAAAAGAGUGAAAUUCACAGAGCUGGAUUUUUUUUCUAUUCUCAUAGCUAUACAUUGUUUUUACUACUAGAUUUAUCAGUGGACUGACUGAACUUUCAAAGGAUUUUUCUCCUUGCAAAAAAAAGCUAGACACAAAGGCAAGAGAGAUUGGUUCAAAAAAAGUAACUCCCAACCUCCGAGAAUCAGGAAGAAGAAAUAAAGAAGAAUAAUUUUUUUUUAAUCCCCACUUCUACACUGGCCCUUAAGAGUAAGAAUAAGUUGUCAUGGACCUUCAAAAGCAAUGGGAGACUAAGGACACAAACUGGAUUAAGGAAAGGAUGGAAUUACUGGACCAAUUUGACAAUGAAAGAAAAGAAUGGGAAAGCCAAUGGAAAGUUAUGCAGAAGAAGAUAGAAGAGCUUUGUCAGGAAGUAAAGCUCAGGAGGGAGAGCAAGAAGAAUGACUAUUCCAAAACUGUUGAACAUAAUAAGAAUGUCCAAAGUAAAAUAGCACCAUUUUGGCCACAUUCCUCAAAUUCAGGACAAUGUGACACUGCAGUGCUGAAUGAUGGAUUCUAUCCUGUAAGUCCAAAUCCAGACUCUAUGAAAGGAGGCAGCUUUCUUGAGGAAAAUAUAUCAGUGAAUAAAUCCAAAGCAGUGUUCAUGGACCCUCUGACCACAAGGAAUCAAAAGAAAUGUGAUGGUGCAUCUGACUUGAAGAUUUCUGAGGAAGAAAAAAGGAGCUGUACUCAUGCCCUCAAUACAGCUCUUGAGGAACUUGCCAAAGUUAGUGAAGAAUUAUGCAACUUUCAAGCAGAAAUCCAAAAGAGAUCUAACCCCAGAAGGAUGAAGUCAGCUCCUUUUCUCCAGGAAACAGUUAAUCCUGAUGUGAAUUACAUGGUCAGCAGUGGACCCCCAACUACUCAAAUUGGUUUUGAUAUAGAAAAACAGAUAAAUAGAAAAAAGCCAAUCUAUUUCGAUGAUAUAGCCCAUGACACUCCUAUUAAAAACAGUUUUGCGGAUACACUUUUUUUGCAAAAAAAUGAAACUCCACCAAUCCCUCCUCCAAGAAGCACUUCUCGAAACUUGCCAAGCUCAUAUUCUAGAGAUUUCCUGGUUUUUGAUGGUCCAAAGGAAAAUUUAGACAAGUGGGAGAUACAAGACUGCAGCAGUAAAAGGAAUUAUAGUAAUAACUUCCCUGAAAAGCUACAUGAAGCAACUGUGUCCAGCCCAUAUGAACAGAACACUUUGAAAGAUCAAGUUCCUUUUGCCACUUCAGUGGAAACAGCCAAAACAGAUAGUGAAACUCAAUGUAAUAAGGACUUGGAGACUAAUAUAUGGCCACAUGAAAUAAGCAACCUUGGAACAAGUAUGCCCUCAAUAUUGUGGUUUCCAAAAACUUGCCUUAAUUCUGAUAAGCUUCCAUAUGAGAAGCUAAUUCAAAGUCACCAGGCUAAUUCUGGUGCUGCUUUUCAUGCAAGGGAUGACCUGAAUUCCUCUUUGAAACCUAACAGUGACUCAUUUACAGGAGCUGGUUGCAACUUUGAAAAGAUUUCAAAGAAUGAAAAAUUGGCAGCAAAGACAGAUGAAUUUAACCGAACUGUAUUUCGAACAGACAGAUGUUGCAGUUCAGCACAGCAUAAUCAGAGGCUCUCAAAUUCUUCCAAAGACUCUAAGCCCUGUGAUCCCUUAUGUACAUGUGCAGUUCAUGCAAAAGAAAAUGACAAUCUGUGUUGUGCUCAGAACAGCCUCUCAGAGCUCAAAGAAAGAAUGUCAAAUACUUUUACCAAAAAAGUCAUGGGAGGGCAAGCUAAGCAAGCACAGGAGCAUCUUAGUACUAGCAAUUAUCAUCAUAUGCUUCAUGAACAUAACUGGAGACCCAGUAAUUUGUUAGGUCGUCCACGAUCAGCUGAUCCCAAGUCUAACUAUGGAGUAGUGGAAAAACUGCUGAAAAAUUAUGAGAACUCAACAGGGUCUUUGUCACAAAACUCAAAAUCCUUCCAAGAUCAGUGGACAAAAUUGAAUUGCAAUGUCAUUAACAGUGACAAUGAGACCUUUAGUCAGUAUUUAGAAAUGUUUCCACCAGAACAAGAAAAGCAAGAGCUUCAGAUGAAGUCAGUUAUGUCUAUGGAGCAGCAAAGCAAAGAAGGAAUAGAGAGGAAAAACUUAACAAAGGAGUCUGUGGCAAUGAAAUCAACUGAUGGAAAAGGGUUUUCUCGGCCUACCCGGCCAGCAAAUCGACGCCCACCUUCCCGAUGGGCACCCAGAUCCCCAUCUGCACCCCUCGCCUUGAAGAAGACUGUGUAUGACUACUCUUUUUCUCUGCAAUCAGAGACCUCAGUUGUCUGAGUCUCCCUAAGACAGGAUUGGUAGAUCCCAUGGCCAAAGCUCUAGACCUUCUUUCCAAACAGAGCAUUCUGUGUGUUUGUACCCAGUUGUGUCCUGCUCUGUAUCCUUCAAGAUUAAGAAUUCCACCUAUCAAUAUACAGAACAAGCAGUUAACAAUCUUAACUUUUCAUCAGUCUUCAGUGUUUUUAAUCAACCUAUGAACCAUCUUCCUGUAUUUUUCGUUUAUUUAAUAGCUCAGCACAGCUUUUUUUAAAUGUCAUCCUCAUUUAUUUGCCAAUUGGAUUUAUGUUUAAAUAGUGUACAUUUUUGUAUAUUCUAAUGUUCCUGCUAACAGCAGGAAGUGAGCUUGUAUGCAUGACAACAUGUCUGUAGGUGCAUGUGUUGAAUAGGCAGUAUCCUGGUAUGUACUUAGGUGAGUCAAAUUUAUGUGCUAGUGUUGAUCUUACAAUUAUAACAUGUAUACCUAUAUAUCCUUUGUGUUUAUUUUAAAAGUUUGAAAAUAUGCAGUACUGAUAUUUAUAUUUUGGUUAUCUAUUACUUAGAUAAGAAUACUUAGGUAUUCAGCUAUGGUGUUUGGGGUACAGAAAAAAAGUUAUUCUACCACCCCAACUGCAACAAUAUGCAUUGCAAAAUAUGUAUCAUAUACAGAUUCAAGCUUAGUGGAGUAUCUUUGAUAAUAUUCUUAUAGCACUUCUUAACCUUUAUACUGAGAAAACACCAUAGUUGGGCUGAUUUUUCCCCUUUUGUAAUGAAAAAUUGCAUAAUUUGUAACAGAGUAGCCUCCUGAAGCUGAGAGUUCUGCCUAAAAUACCCACAGAUACUUUUCUGUAUUGCUCAGUACAGGAGGUAGCUUUUACUUCAUGCUUGCCUCACUGCAAUUUGGGAACUCCAAUUCAUGGGAAACUAGACCUUAAGGAGCUUCUUUUGGUGUUUUAGUAACAAACUCCCCUGCAAAGGGGCAUGAAGUGGGUCUGCUAUGUUCCAAAUUCUCUGUAGUGAAUAAUUAUCAGUUCAAUUCAACAAAACUUUAAUAAGCUUCUAUUAUGUACCAAGCAUUGGGUACUCAAAGCAAAAUAUUAUCUGCCCUCAAAGAGCUUAUAUUUUAUUGGUGGGAAAUAGCAUAUGCUUAAUCAAGUUUUUGUGUAGUUAUGCUAUCUAGACUAAUGAACUUUAGGGCAGUGGGUAAAUCUACACCAACACCUUCAGUUUUUACAGUUUUCACCUUCUUUCCUAAAAUUAUUGGUAUAAAAGAAUAAUUCACUUUAUAUUAUCAAAAAAGAAACAUAUUUUGAUUCUCACCUAAAUUAUGGUGAAUUCUCUUUUUCUGCUGCAAACAAGUUAUUAUGUAUCUAUAUUCCUAUAUAACAUCAGUUACAGUUUUACAGUUGUGAACUGGCAACAAACUGAAUUUAGAGAGCAUAUAUAUUCUUUUACCCUUCUGAGGAAAAUCAAAGUAUUCUGAUUCCUGAAAAAUUAAGAUUGAAGGUUUAGAAAUAACCAUGAUCUUUUACUUGUCUCUCUGACAAGUUUUACACUGUAUUUAUUUCUCAGAUAUUAACUUCUUUCAAGGGCUUCCUCUGCUGCCAAAAAGUUAGUUGGUUCACAUGACUGGGGUCCUUUGCCCACAGGGAUUCAAAGAGCCUGGUUUUUGUUUUGUUUUGUUUUGUUUUGUUUUGUUUUUGUUUUUAUCAGCAGUCAGAUUAUAGAAAUGUACAUUACCCUAGAUGAGGUCUUGAGGUCUUGAAGUAUUUAGAUCUUAAAUCCCCCCUUGCCUUAAAAAGCUCAGGGCUGUUGCAUUGUGAUAAAUUGAGAUUUAAUUUUUACCUGUAAACAGAUGGAGUUUACCAGGAGUUAAAUUGCCUGCUUCCAGACAUCUCAAUGUCUGGAUUUAAAUUUGGGCCAUUCAGAUUUCAAGAUCAUUGCCCUCCAUCUUUUUUAUUGCAUUUCAAGCCUUCAUCAUAACACAAUGCUGCCACCUUCAGAGAAAAUCUACAUAAAUUCCAAAUGAUAUGACUCUCAAAACAUGCAUUUUUUUUUUCAUUUGGAGUUAGAGAAGGGUGGGGAAGGAAAGAGAGAACAGAACAGUUCUGAGAAGCAUGGUUAGUUUGUGGUAUAAAAAUUCUGCACUUAUUGGGAAGUCAAUACUUUUUUGCAUGGUAAGAAGGACCUAAUAAUGAUACCUGAAUGCCUGACUAGUUUGUUGUACUUGUUUGUGUUCUACUUUAGAGCAUCUACUAUAGAUGCCAUCUCUUGGUAAGAUAGAUGUCAACCUACACAGUCAUGCCAUUUUCAUAUUAAGUACCUUUUAAAUGAAUUAGCAAUACACUUGACAAAAAAAAAAUCUUCCACCUUUAUCUGUAUAAUUCUUUAUAAAUGUGCUAUACCUUUCUCAGGAAAAAAAAAAUUACCAAGUGUGUGAAAAAUGAUUCUGUAGUAAUAUUUGUGUUGGUGUAAGGAUUUAAUGGAUGAUUUUUCAAAUUAAAUGAUAGAAUAUGUAUACAUGCUUGAAACUUUAAAAAAAUAUAAUGGAUAAUUCAACAACACAUUCUAUAUAGGCAAUUCUAAAAGGUGCAGAUAAGUUGCUGAUCUGCAGGGGUGAAGGAAGCUCCCUACACUGAUGAAAUUAAAGAUAUAAACAAAAAAAAUAAUGCCCAUAUUGCAAAAUGAAUGACUUUGGGGCUAUAUGAACACUUAUAAAAAUUUACCUAUUAGAAACACUUUCAUCAAUACAAGUUUUUCCGAACCAAACAUUAUGGAAAAGAUAUAGAGUAAUCUAAAUUCAUGUGAUCAGCUUUCACUUUUGGUAAUAAGACUAUCAGUCUAGACUAAAUAUAUUAACUAGUAUUUCUUGUCAUCCAAAUUUUGGAGUCAACAGUUAAACCCAGGGAAUGGAAUGGGAAUAGGAUUAAACACAGAUGGAAGUUUGUGAGUUUCUAGCACGUUUGCUUGUGUGUUUGUGUUUAUGUCUGCGUGUUCUAUGUGUCUCUUUGUGUUCCAAGGCCAUAAAUAUAAGUGAUUAUUUGUAUUAUCAACUGUUUUUAUUACCCAUAAUUGUUCUCUCAUUUAUCCCAGGUAAUUUUGUUGGUUGUGUUUUAUUUUUAAGAUAGUCCCACAAGGUUGCCACUAAACUCUGGAUAUUGUCAAAUAAAUUAGGGGUUUCAUAACAAUCUCUUUCAUCCUGUAAAAAUGUUCUUUCCUAAAAGGGAGAGUUUUUGCUUUUGUUUAUUUUUCAAUGAUUGAAACUAUUUCUUUUGGUAAAAACGUAUUAAUAAGCUCUUGCUUUUAUAAUCUCUCCUUAAACUGUUAAAAUAUGUCCAAAUAGAAUAUGGGUUUAUAGAAAUACCCAAUGUGGCCUUUAUUUCAAGAAACAUGUGAUUUACUCUUUUUUUCCUAAUGAAUAUGAACCUCUUAAAUUCUAAACAUAAAUAUAAACAUGUUUCUUCUCCUUGUCUCUUAUUUGGGAAAUGGGAGAUGGCCCCAAGAUACAGGAGGAAAACACAGCUUACCUUAAUUGUUCAGUUUUAGUAUUUUCUUACACCACUAUAACUAUGAUAUCUAAAGGCUAGUGUACUACUUACCUACUCUGGGGAUUUUAAUUCAUAUCUUAAUUGAAUUGAAUUUGUGUGAAAAAAGCAAUCCCCUGAAAUGAAUCAGAUAAUACCAAAUGACCUAAUUGUUGCCUAGAUAUGUAUGUUCACUUUUGAUAGAGUAUUGCUUGAAAUUGUCUAGUAAGUACUGAUGCUAAAAAUAAUUUGGGUACUCAAUUAUAUUAUCAAGUUGUCCUGAUUAGCAGUAAAACCCAAAGGAAGGCAAAACUAAAACAUAACUCUUCAGGAAUUAGGGCAUAUUCAUCAUAAUCUUCUCUCAGUCUACAUUUAUAUGGCCUAAAUAUAAUACAUUUAUGGAAACUGAAGCUCUAUUUAACUGAUUAUUAUACAGUUUGAAUCACUCUGUGCUUUUGUUAUUGUUAUUGUUGUUUUGUUUUUUAACAUAGCAGAAAUCUUUGCAACCAUUUUAAAAACACAAUGAUUCAUAUGAUUUGGGUGUGACUGAAAUGCUAUCUUUUUGAAGUCAGGCCACUGGCAAUGUCCUAAAGCCACUUCACCUCAAGCAUUUUCAUAACUUUUCUUAUCAUAUAGAGAUUACUUUCAUAAAAAUGAUGAGAUUGCAAGAAUUCAAACUUUGGUAUAGACUAUACAGACUUGGAGUAUUGAAAUCAGAUGCAUAUGACUAGUGGAUUCUGCUUAGUUUAUUAUCUGUUAAUAUUGAAUUAUAUUUAUUUAAGUGAAACUAUUUAAAUGACAUUAUAUGAUUAUGAGGAGAAGAAAAAAGUUAUUUUUAAAUUACUUACUCAUUCCCCCUGCUGAAAUAUCUUUGACAUAUAUGUUAAAACCUGUUCUUUUUUUUUUCUUCUUAUAUAUCUAAUUCCAAAUUAUGCUUUAUAUACAGUGUCUCAAAAUUCUCAGUGCUGUUUUUGAGAUAAUAUAAAUACUAUAAUAUCAGUUUCUAAAGCAUUCUGAAGGUAUAGUUUCAAUACAUCCUGAAUGGAGCCCACUUUAUUAAAAUAUUGUUUAUAUGAAUGUCAAUAGUUUGAUUUUGCAUUUAUGGUAAAUAGUCUUUCCAAGACUAAUGUGCUAUAUAUGUUCUGCUCUAAAAUAUCAUCAUAGCAACAAGUGAAUGGAUGAAAACUUCUGCCUUGAAAUCACAUAUUUGCAGAUUUACUUCUACUCAUUACAACUUUUAGAGAUUCAAGACUGAAGAUGAGUUAUGAGUCUCUACCACUUUGUUCUUAUGUUUUUAUUCUUCAUAAAUCAUGUCCUUUUUAUUAAAAGUACACAACAGUUGAGAAAACAUGCAAUGUGUUGAAUAGAAAACUGUCCUUGUAUUCAAGAUCUCAAUUUAAGUUCCCUUUCUGACAUUUACUAUCUGUGUGACUAUAGGCAAGUCUCUUAACCUUUUAGUGCUAUCCAAGCAACAUUCUGUAUCUCUAAGUUUCCACAGAAUUGCUGACAUUUCUCUAAAAGGAAAUUUCCACAUUGGGAGUUCUCUUACAUUAAUAAUGCCACAGAUCUGGAGCAGCCUCCUACCUAUCCCCAAAUUAAUUUCUAAAAUUCUGCUCCCUGGUGUUUUGUCCAGCAUAAUAUUGUUCAUUUUCAAAAUAAGGCCAAGUUAAUUACUGGCUUUAUAUUUUUCUUUGUUGGUGUUAAAUUGAAUUAGGUAAAAGAUUUUCUGGAGAAAAAUAAACAAUUUAUGAUAAAUUUUAGAGAUUCAGAUUUUCAUCUGAACAUAGAAAAGCUCUUGACAUCCUUCUAGAGAAUAUCUUUCUAGAAAUCUCCUAAAACUCUUUAGAUUGAUUAGUAUAAACGGAGUAAUAUGACCACAGAGAACUGUCAAUAGUUUUCAACCAAAAGAUCUGGACUUUCUAGGCAGUCAAUAAAUGAAUGCUGGAUUGAACAUAGCACAGAGCAGUGUCUUGAAGAAAGAAAUUUGAAUUCCUAGAGUGUAUCUCUCAAACAACAUUUAAAGCAUAUUUUCUUCUCUUUAAUGUCUUUUGGAUUACUUGCCCCUUUUACUUUCUCUUUCCAGUCUCUAACAUCUUUAGACAAAAUUGUGAAGCAGGUAUCAUCUCUUCAAUGCCUUCUCAUUCUCUUCCCCAUCACUCUGGGACUACUUGCAGUUAUUGGCUCUUAUUCUACUUUCAUUCCCCAGGACUAGCUGCUUCCAUAUGCUCUUUCCUCUUUUAUCAUGUUUUUCUCACUUUCCCCAAUGAAAAUUUAGCUAUAGAUCUCCAGAAUUCCAGAUGUCAAACAACCCACAUUCUGUUAAUCUCUGCCCUGGUGUUACAUUAAUACAGGACCCAGUACUUAACUAAAUUACCUCCAAAGACAUUGCAUUCUUUAACAUGCAUUUCUUUGUCUUACCAUUAAGUCACUCUAAUAGUAAUAUUAGUGUUUUAAUUUGAAACCAGAGGCAUUUAUAGUGGAAAAGACUUUCUAAAGUCGGUGAAUCACUGAGAGUAUGGAACUAUCCAUACUUAUCUUAUUAACUAACCUUUACCACAAUAAUUUAAUCGUACUGAAAAAAAGAUUCAGUACCAUAAUGACCAUCGGUGUUAAUGUUUGUAGCUAAGACUAAGGUCUUUAUUAGAUAAAAAGGUGACAAUAAGAACCUAUUUUUAUAGCCCUCAUCAAAGUCUAUUUUAUCUUCCCAUUGCCUCAAUGGCACCUGAUAUUAAAAGCAAUUGUAGUAGAAAGUUACUUGUCACAGGUCUGAAUUUGAGCUCAAAAUCAUUCAUUUUAUAGAUGAGGCAAUUAAAUCCUAGAGAUCAUAAGAUCUUAAAUUGGGAACUAGAAAGUAAUUAUGGAAUCAUCCAAUUGAAAUGCUUAUUUUUACAGAUGAGAAAACUGAAGAACCAAAACAAUGAAGAAAUGUUCAAGGGUAACUUGUUCAAAAUUUUUGUUAAUAGUAGGGCUCAGAUAUAAUCAGAAGACAUUUUCAGUGAAUUAAGUCCAUGACCAAAUUAUGUACAUAGAAAUAGAAAUAGCUAAUACAAGAUUUUCAUACUGGUACUCAGCACUUAGUGCAGUACCAGGCACAUAGUAGGCACUUAAUAAAUGAUUGUCGAUUGAUUCAGUGGGCCUGUGUUUUCAUUGUUACAAUAUGGAUUGGAUAUGAAUGAAUGAAUGGGUGAAUGAAUGGAUAUAUGAGAAUGCCAAAAUAGGGACAUAGACUUGAAAAAGUUCCCACACACAGAGUGAACUAUGGGAGAAGUUUAUAGUGUAAUUCAUAAUUUGUCAACCAAAAAUAAAUUUCUUAGUUUUAAAAAAAGUAUUCUCAAUUUCAAUAAUAAUACUAGAAGCAUGAAUUAUUUUGAAAAAGAAUCAUGUCACAAUCACUCUGCAGGCAACAGCUCCUAAAUGGAAAUGCCUUACAUUGCUUAAUUUGUGGCCUUGAACCUUUUGUCUGCCAUCAGUAUUUUUAAGAAUUUACCAUCCCAAAAUUAAAGCCCUUGAAUUCCCAUUCAGCUUCCCCCUAAUAUGCCAUCAUGAUAAGAGAUGUUAUCUAUCAAAGCAGGAUAAUUCCUAAUCUAGCAAACUCUCUGCAUUUAGACUAUGUUUUUCUGAAAAUUUGAAAACAAAUGCCUUUAAAAUCAAGACUUUUUUUUUUUUAAAUCAAUACCUUUAAUAUGGUUUUCUGUCACAUUGCUUUGUUCCAUCACUGUAUGCUUUUUUGUCACUGAUUCCUCUACACUCAGUACCAAUUGCUGUUGAAUUUUCUACUUGUGAUUCUUUUUAAAAAAAUUCAUUCUCACUUCUUUCUUUUUAAAACUACUGACAACUAAAUGUGCAACCUUUGGUUUUCUUUUGAAGAUGCAUCAUACCCUCUUCCUCAUUAAGUGUUAACAUACAUUCUCUCAUGUUGAACAUGAUUCUGAUAUUAUUUUUGGGAGAUUUUUGAAUGUUUUUUUUACUUGAAAAUGUUUUACAACAUAUAAUAUUAUAUGUUGUAAGCAAGUAAUCUGAGGGUCCAGUACAUUGAAUUAUCCUGAAAAGAAAAAGGAGAUAAUGUGAUUCCUCAGCCUAAAUCUAGUUAACACCUAAAGAUGAUUUGCACUAAAUACAAUUUUCCAUGUAAUAUAAGAGAAUUCAAACAAUUAGCAGCAUAUAACAUAAAAUAUAUCAGAGUAAAAUGAAACACAAAACAUUUUAAAUGGUAAAUGAUAUAUGAUAAAAAGAUGACAAAAGAAAUCCAACUCAUUACCUGAUUUUUGGUCUUUCUUAUAAAUACCAUAAUUCUUUAUUUCUAAAGGAAGACAUCUUGAGCAAAUGUUUCUAAUAAAUAAAAAUGGUUCUUUUAAAAUUAAUUUUUUUUUCUUUUUCAUGAUAUUUAUUUAACAAAGGAUGGUAAAGGCUUGUUUAGAAACAUGUCUCACAUCAAUGAAUUCUAUAUACCUUAUAAGAUGUUCCUUGCAUUCAAAUGCAACUAAAUUGUACAUUAGAGUGGUGUUUUUGUACUACACAACUAAUUUUUGGAAUGAAAAUUAUACUUUUAAUACAUAUUAUACAAAUUGUAUUUUAAUUCAUAUAAGAAAGACCUAAAUUUAGCAUUAUUGUAGUCUUAUGAAAUUCUGUCUAUAGAACUAUUUGGGGGGGGGGAAGUAGGAUUCUUGGUUUAAAAAAUAUACUCUUUGAAAUAUGGGAUUAUGAAUAUGAAAUUAUGGGAUUAUGAAUCUCAUUUAGGAGACUCUAAAGUUUUAGAGCUUGGUAAGGAGUAUCUAGAGGACUUUAAUUAGGAAGUCGUAUUUGUAUCUGUGAUGAUAGAAGUUACAAAACUUGAUGAGAUCAUCAGAAGAGAAAGUAAUAAGCAAAAAGGGUUUAGAUUGGAAAGUUAGGGAAACAUUCCCCUAUUUAGGGGAAAUUUAUAGGGAAUAGACAAGGGAAAAGUAAAAAAAAAAAAAACUCUCUACCAUAGUGAGGGCCCAGUUGAGACCAAGAAAAUGAAUUUAUAGCAUUUUUGUGCUUUUUUGUCAGUGCAAUUUUGUGAUUUCCUAUGACAUGAUUUGGAAAUUUGAUGUUAAAGCCAAGGAGGCUAAGAAUAAAAAUCAUUAGGAAUAACAGAAUAAAGGUCUAUGAAUAUGGUCUGGAAUAGUUUAUAGAUAGUAGCAGGAUAAACAAAAUAAGCAAUUAAAAACUGAAUUUAAUCAGUUUAAUUCAAGUUACUGCUAGGUAACUGGAUUCCCUAAGGCUGUUUAAACAAAGUAUAAACUGUAGCAAAUCUUUUUCUUCCUAGAGAGGCUUCUAGCACAGGUUUGCAGACUGCAUGGUUUCCUGCUGUCCAAGAACCAACUAAUGUAACCUCAAAAAAAGCUCUUUCUCACCCUGUUAGCAACAAAGCCAUGGUGUUAUCAGUCAUAGUACUUCAUUCAAAGAACAUCUACCGUGACACAGGGAGUUUGAAAUCCGAAUUGGUAGCAAGAGAAUAAGCUAUGAUAAAAUCACAUAAGGAAACUGAUAAAUGUCUAAUGGUUCUUUAUAUUUUUUCCAUUUUUUUCAUUUAUUCAUUUUUUUAAAUUGAAUUUAAUUUUAUUUGUUCAAGCUUGUCUUUCUUGGUUAAUACCAUCAAUCAGCAUGGUACUAACAUGUAAACAGUAGUAAAGAGUAACAGUAACAGUAGUAAAAUUUGAUAAAUUUUAAUUUAUUGUUUGUGUAGCUUACAAAGCAAAGCACUGAAAAUGCUUAGAUGGGCUUUAAUCAGUUCCACAAGCACAAAGGUUUGGUCCUAGCCUUACUGUUAAUUUUUAUUAGACCUACACAUGCAAGUUUCCGCAACC